UUAACAAACAAAAACAACACAGAAAGCUGGAAGAAAAAGAAAAAUUCCUUCUUUCUUGUAGAAGAAAAAGUAAGAAGAGAAGAGAAGAGAAACGGAGAAUCUAUCGAAGAUAAAUCUCCGAUAAGGUUUUUGCUGUGUAAAACCUUUUGGUUGAAUCUUCUUAAUUGGUGAAAGAUGAUGGUAGCAAACAGCUUCGAUCUUUGGCAAAAGGAUGUUUUUUUCUCCGCAGCAGAGGAGGUUCAAGAAUCUGCCGAUACAAUGGAAUCUGCGUAUAGGUUGUGGAUUAAAGAGAAGAAACAAGGUCGAGUUACUGUAGAAUCGGACCAGCUCUGCAUUGAACUUCAAGCAGCUUUGAGCACUGCUAAAUGGCAGCUUGAAGAGUUUGAGAGAGCAGUGAGGUUAAGCCAUGGACAUUGUCGAGACGACACGACAUUAACUAGACAUAAACAGUUUGUCAACGCUAUUGAAAACCAGAUUUACAGAGUACAAUCUGCAUUGCAAGAAGCUUUGAGAGAGAACGGGAAACAGCCUUUGCGUUUGGUUGAUCUUAACAAAGAAGAGCGUGAUGAUCUUGCCAUGUUUCUCUCUGGCUCUUCUCUGACUUCGGAGAGUAGCAUCAACUUUAGAGACUCCUCAACAAGCUCUUUAGCUGAGAAUCCACGUGGGGUCAAUAGCUGUGUGAUAGAUAUUGAUGAGGGAGGUAGCCCAGAGAGUGGUGAUGCUAUAAUACGUGAUAAAAGGUUGGGGACAAGAAGAACAUGGAGUUCACCGAAUGUUACUAAUGUAACUGCGUUGAGGGUUAAUGUUCCUGUUGAUGUGGAGGAAGAAGAGGAGAAGAAGAGACUUGUGUUUGACGUUGAAGAUACUCCUAAAGAGAAAGGAUCUAAACCUCUGUUUUCGAUGCAGAGAUGUCGUGAUUAUAAUAACCUUAUCUUUGAUAGAGUCAGACAUUAUCAAAGGCGGUUUCGUGUUCCAUUUAGCAGACCGGUCCAGCUCAUUCUUUCCUUCACGCUAAUCUUGUUUCUUCUAUUAUUGUUUCGAGUUUACUAGUCUUGAGAACUUAAGUUUGGUUUCGGAAACUCUCAAGAAAAUUUGACAAGAUUGUUACGUGCUGCUCUCACAUCUUAGAUGCUACAUGAUUCAACAUCCCUCAAGAAAGAUGAGAGAUAAAAAGGCUUUGUCAAGAAACAAAGAAGAACAAGCCUGCUUUCUUUUAACUUUCUUUUAUCCUCAAGGAAACAUAUAUAGGAACUUGUAACUUCGUAGGUCUAUUUUGUAAAAGUAUACUAAAAAGAUUCGUGUGUUGUUGUUACAAAUCGAUGCGGCUAAGGUUGUUGAAGUUCACUAUGGUCCUUUGAAAAUUGGAUUUUUGAGUAUGGUGUUUUGCAACCAGUAUAAAAUCUUGAGAAAUUUUUUGAGUAUGGAUUUCGGAAACUCUCAAUUAAGAUCAAC